AACCUUCUCCGCUGCGGAGAGUCAUGAGCUGUCUGGAUGUUAUGUACCAAGUCUAUGGUCCUCCGCAGCCCUACUUCGCAGCCGCCUACACCCCCUACCACCAGAAACUAGCCUAUUACUCCAAAAUGCAGGAAGCCCAGGAGUGCAAUGCCAGCCCCAGCAGCAGUGGCAGCGGCAGCUCCUCAUUUUCCAGCCAAACCCCAGCCAGUAUAAAAGAGGAAGAAGGCAGCCCAGAGAAAGAGCGCCCACCAGAGGCAGAGUACAUCAACUCCCGCUGCGUCCUCUUCACUUAUUUCCAGGGGGACAUCAGCUCCGUGGUAGAUGAACAUUUCAGCAGGGCCCUGAGUCAACCCAGCAGCUACUCUCCCAGCUGUACCAGCAGCAAAACACCAAGGAGUUCUGGGCCCUGGCGAGACUGCUCCUUCCCGAUGAGCCAGCGCAGCUUCCCUGCCUCCUUCUGGAACAGCGCGUACCAGGCGCCGGUGCCCGCGCCGCUGGGUAGCCCUCUGGCCACCGCGCACUCGGAGCUGCCCUUCGCCGCCGCCGACCCCUACUCGCCCGCCGCGCUGCAUGGCCACCUGCACCAGGGCGCCACCGAGCCCUGGCACCACGCGCACCCGCACCACGCGCACCCGCAUCACCCCUACGCCCUGGGCGGCGCCCUCGGCGCCCAGGCCGCCCCCUACCCGCGCCCCGCCGCGGUGCACGAAGUCUACGCGCCGCACUUCGACCCGCGCUAUGGGCCGCUACUGAUGCCAGCCGCCUCUGGGCGCCCGACCCGCCUCGCACCCGCCCCAGCGCCCGCGCCCGGUAGUCCUCCCUGCGAGCUCUCCGGCAAGGGCGAGCCGGCGGGCGCCGCGUGGGCCGGGCCCGGGGGGCCCUUCUCGAGCUCCUCGGGAGACGUGGCCCAGGGUCUGGGCCUCAGCGUGGACUCAGCUCGUCGUUAUUCCCUCUGUGGUGCAUCCCUCCUGAGCUGAUCUGCUGACCCAGAGUUUCCCCUUCCCCUUCCCUUCUGACCAGCCUUGGAGGCUCAGCAUCUGUGCCUCUCACUCCGUGGAUGAGGACAUGGGGGAAGGCAGAGACUUCAGACUUCUCAGUGUAUUGGGAAAACCAAAAACCACAAUUACAGAAAUUCAUCUAAAAAUAAGUCCUGCUGCAGAAAGAGCAAAUCCAAAGACUCCGAGUUAUGUUUAAUGACUUUUGGCCGAAUCACUGGAAAUAUCUGUGGUGAGAUUGCUGAGUCAGGUGAUAUGAUAUCAUAAGCUUUCUUGGAAAGGGGGAAAGAAAAUGAAACUUUUUGGUGUGAAUAUUUUUUAUGCUGAUGUGAAUUAUUUGGUUAGGUAGUGUGAUUGUAGCACUACUACUGUCAGGUU